UCGACGCUUCAAAGUGGAUUUAAAAAGCGCGACUCGCAGGAGCCUCAGCGCAAAAGCGCGUCCCGACUUCAGAGGACGAAAUAAAAAACUCAGAGUGACUGAAGUCAUCGGAAUAUGUAUUUUUUUAUGCAUGUAAUCUUUUACUGGAGGAAUCCACUUUAAUCCAGUGCGCACUGUCUGCCUUGCGCAUCCUUUGCAGAGCCUGCAAAGAAGUUGCCUCGAAAUUGUGGCAGAUGUGAAAGAAAUGAAAUCAUGUGUCUUUUUAAGUGAUGACAGAGAAAGGUUGCAUGGGGGUAUCCUGUAGGAGGAGUUCGAUGUGACCAAACAAGUAACGGAUUUUCCCUUAUAAAAAAGGAAAUUGAGUCCGGAGCGCUCAAUGAACAGCAUUACUUGGGGACCCCGAUGCACAGGUAGCUGUGUUGCCGCACGUAGUCAAGAACCUGCAUCCACCUUGUUUCAAUCAGCAAACCCUUAUUUUAGUGCCUCCGCAGAGCACCUUUAAUGAGACACAUGCUUGUGAGCGCAGGCACUCACUGACAGCAAACCCUCCUCAAACAGCGGGUUCCCUGCUUCCCUGCCAGCCCACCCCAAGCUUCAUGGGUUGAACCACCAGAAGUUCGGCAAUCUCCUCUCCAUUCUCUCCUCCUCUUCAUCCUCCGCACGGCCCCUCGGCCCCCCUCCAUCCUACAAGCCCGCUCUGUCUGCUUCCUUUGCCAGUACUACCACCAGCGUGAUGGCUCGUUGUGCCUCAGGCUUGUUUGGACUCGCGACCGCAGCAUCACCCUCCACUCCACAGACUUGCGGACGCUGCAGCCACUAGAGUGAAGGAGACAGCGAGACAGAGGGGGGGAAAGGGAGAGACAGACAGAGAAAGAGAGCAGUGCCACAAGAGAGAGGAGGGAUCAUCCGUCCCAGCAGCGGAGGGAUUCACCUGUCCCACAGAGGAAGGCCCCCCCCAACCUGAUCCAUCUGGUCGCAGGGGGGGACCCUGCGUGGCCGGGAAGGCAACAGGGACUAUGCAGCUGGGACUGGUGGCGCUGACAAUGGUCUUCCUCAGCUCCAUGGGUCACAGCGAUGCUCUCAAGCUGUCCAAGGCGAGAAGGCAGAGACGGGUUAGUACAGAGGGGCCGCCAUCUUGCCCCAAAGGCUGUGACCGAUGCUCUGAGUAUAACGGCUGCAUCAAAUGUAAGCCCAAGCUCUUCAUCUUCCUGGAGCGCAAUGACAUCCGUCAGAUAGGCGUGUGCCUCGCCUCCUGCCCCAUGGGAUACUUCGGCAUGAGAAACCCAGAAGGCAACAACAGAUGCACCCAAUGUAAAAUAGACAAUUGUGAAGCGUGUUUCAAUCGCAAUUUUUGCACAAAAUGUAAGGAGGGCUUGUAUUCACACAGUGGGCGAUGUUAUGUCAGCUGCCCUCCAGACCAGCGCACCGUCAAUGAGACCAUGGAGUGUGUCGGUCAGCGUACUGCGGAGUGCGAAUUGGGCGAGUGGAGCCAGUGGGGUCCCUGUAUGAAGAAGAACAAAACAUGUGGAUUCAAGAAAGGCUCGCAGUCUCGGGUUCGUGUGCCCCUUCCGCAGGUCCACAGCCCAGACACCUCCCCGGCCUUUAUACCCUCACAGGCCUGCGCUCCGCAGACAGAGAGAAGGAAGUGCGUCGUGGCCAAGACGCCCUGUGUGAGAGAGAGGAAGAGCAAGGGAGACCGACAAGAUGAUGCAAACAGGAGAGAGAGGGAGAAUGCACGCGGGCGAGGAGGAGGAGGAGGAGGUGGUGAUGGGGGAGGAGGAGGAGGAGCAGGAGGAGGAGGAGGAGGAGGAGGAGGGAAGAGGAGAAAAGGCCAGAGCAGGACCACCACUGUUGCCAGCAUCACAACCAGCUCUGUCUCCUAAAGUCCACCGCCUGCUGGAUGGGGCCAAGAGCAAACAGAGACAAUGCCCCACCCAGCAGCACCAACCAUAGACAAAGAUCAAAGUGAUGAAGGAAAGGAUUAAUGCUGCUAUGCAUUGUAGACGAUGCAAAGAGAACUGGAGGAUUGCUGCAACUCGAAAGGCUGUUCGAAUAGAUGAACAUAUCUGGAGGACACCGGUGUCUCGGUGAUCCUUCGUGAAAGACUGCAAAGCCACGUUGAGGACUGUGCUUGGACACGGUUCGCGCCGUGAGCCGAACCGUGUCACUUGACUAAGAACAGAUCCCCCUGCUCUGACUGCAGCGUUCGAGCUGGAAGUCCGAUAAUGAAUGAAGGGUCUCUUCAGUCUCCUCUGGUCUAUGAUGUAUUUUGUUCCAGUCCGAUUCUAAUCACAAUCUGUUCUUCAUUUGUUUUCAUGUUUGUGAGAGGUGGCAGAUGGAUUUUCUCAACAGCCGCUGUACGUGAUGUAAAGACAAUGAAUAGUAUUAAGUCUUUGUACCUUUAUUUCCUGUUGUGAGAUGAAACAAAAUGAAAGGCACUGGAAAUCAUUUGUGGUUGCUGAGGACAGAAGGUCUUUGAUAUAUUGUUUUGAGGAGGGGAAUCUAUUACAAAGCAAGCCUAAGAGAAGAGAUAGAGGAGGAUUACUGGGAGCCAUUCUCAUAUCCUUCUCCGAUGACUUGACACAAACUUUCGCCAUUUGAUAGCUUAGUUGUUUGUUUUGAAUUAAAUGUUGGUGUGUGUAUCAGAAAAUAACUCCGCACAGAAAACGAGGAAUAAAAACCUGAGUAUUCGCAUGUGUACGAGGUUGCAUGUGUGUGCCUUUGUGCAUGCAGAAGUGUGCGUGCGUGCUUGUGUGUGUGCGUGCGUGUGUGCGUUUGCCUCUACCUAAAGUCUGGGCGUUUGCGUACUUUUGUGUGCAUUUCUGCAAGGAAUCAAGCUGUUUGUCGACGGAACUUAGAUGUUUGUACAUGUGUGUUUACGUUUGCACAUGUGUGUUAAUACUGGUCUCACAGAUUGAAAGAAUAAGGUCUGCAAAACAAGAGGAAGGAAAUGUAAAUGCACAGUGAUAUAUCGAAUAUGCAGUAACUACAAGCCACUGAUUAUUAUAUAAGCCAUCAAAUCAUCAGCUGCUCAGUUAUCAAGUCUGUUUGCAACAGGGUCUGAAGAUUUUGCACAACUAUAAUGUUUCCUACUGCUCGAGUUUCAGAACAAACAUAGCAUUUUACACAUGUGUACUCCAAAAGCUGGCUUCAUGACAUUGCAGAUACAGAGAAUGUUUUCCGUGGGUCUGUUUGCUUUACACAAGAUAUUAGUUUCAGGAGAAGUUACACGCUACAUUAUUCAUUCAUACUAUGGAUUGUGAUGCUGAAUAUGUCACACUGUGUUUAUCAUCAAACAUAAGAAGUAUUAGUAUCAUCAUGUAUAGCUUAUUCUGUGAAAGCCUAAAUAAAG